AUGAGCAACAAAGAUGAGGCUCUUCGAGCCAAAGAUUUGGCAGAAGAUUGGAUGAGGAAGUCGAAUUUCCCGACUGCUCGUAGAGUUGCAGUGAAAGCCCAGAAAAUGGACGAGACCCUUGAGAACAUCGCUCGCAUUAUACUGGUUUGCGAUGUUCACUGUGCAGCAUUGGAGAAAUCUGGGGAUGAGACGGAUUGGUACAAGAUUCUCCAAGUCGAUCAGAACGCAGACGACACCACGAUCAAGAAACAGUACAGGAAGCUUGCCCUUCAUCUCCAUCCGGACAAGAACAAGCUCCCUGGUGCCGAAUCUGCUUUCAAGACCAUUGGGGAAGCUCAAAGGGUUCUCUUGGACAAGGACAAGAGGAGGAUUCACGACAUGAGACGCAAACCCUCCUUCAAAAAACCAGCUUCUGCACCGUCGUUUCAACAACAACAAGCUCCAACCACGGCUUAUUACACUCAGCCUGUCUUCAAGCCAAACGUCAAUGCGACCAGGAACAGCUUCAACGCGGGUUACAGUGGUCAGCCUUCUUUCCAGACCAAUGUCAAUGCGACCAGGAACAGCUUCAACGCGGGUUACAGUGCUCAGCCUUCUUUCCAGACCAAUGCGGCUAGGAACAGCUUCACGACGGGUUUGAGACCUGAGAACCAGCAAAGACCUCAAGCUCAACCAACUGGUGGACCGAGCUUUUGGACAGAAUGCGCCUUUUGUCACUUGAGGAAUGAGUAUCUGAGGGAAUAUAUGAACAAGCUAAUGGGUUGUCCACGUUGCGGUAAGCAGUACCUUGCAAUUCAAAUCGCUGACCAGACUCCACCAGCUCAGGCGAGUUUCUCCUUCUUUCAACAGAAAGCGGUUCCAACUCAAGAGGCUGGCAAGGCAGCGGAGAAGCAGCCGGAGAAUCCCGCCAGAGUUUCCCCAAGAAAAGAGGGCUCUAGAGCAAAACGCUCGGGUACUACUGCCGCUGAGAAGAACAAAGGGAAGAGAAAGAGGAAGGGGAUAGUUGAAUCCAGUAACAGCUCUCCCAGUAGCUUCGAGUGGGAAGAAGUUUCAGCUAGUGGGCAGCACUCACGGAGAUCAGUCCGGAGCAAGAAUGACAAGAAGAAAGAAGCUGGUGACAUUGCUGAAGAAUCUGAGUUGAGAAGGAAGUCACACCUCUUUGCAGAAACCUUGCCAAAUGGUAAGGUUAAAGAAGACCAAGUGGGAAGCAGCUCUAAGGGCUCUGGUGCCUGUGAUGAAGUAGAGGAAAUAAGCUCAGAGAGUGAGUCAGACGUGGAGAUUUCGCAGUGUGCUGAUCCUGACUUCUCAAACUUUGACAAGUUGAGGGAAGAGAGUUGCUUUGAAGUUGGCCAGACAUGGGCAAUGUAUGACAAGGAUGAUCAACUGCCUCGAUAUUACGCCAUGAUCAGAAAAGUCUGGAAGAAACCAUGUUUCAGGCUUAAGAUAACGUGGCUAGAGGCUAGGCCAGAUGAUGAGAGAACAAAGGAGUGGAUUGGCAGAGAUUUACCCAUCUCUGUUGGGAAGUAUCAACUUCGCGGAGAGGAGAAGACAAAUGAAAUCCCAUCCUUCUCUCAUCAGAUCGAGUGCAGAGUCAGAGGCAAGAAAGAUUUUGUCACUGUACACCCAAGAAAGGGAGAAACAUGGGCUCUCUUUAAGAACUGGGACAUCAACUGGUCCUUUAGCCAUAAGUAUGUGUUUGAUUAUGCUCUGAUCUUGUCAGAGUUUGCAGAAGGGGUUCCUAUAGAGGUGGCGUUCUUGGAAAAAGUGAAAGGCUUUGCAAGCGUCUUCUCUCGAACUGCACCUGGUGUUGGAAGAUCAGACACGUUUCAUAUUCCACCUCACGAGUUGCUUAGAUUCUCGCACAGCAUUCCCUCAACCAAGUUGACAGGGGAAGAAAGGAGUGGCGUUCCCGUUGGUUCUUACGAGCUCGACACAGCUGCAUUACCAGAUGUAGCUAUCCCUGUCUCACGAGAAGCUGCCAAGUCAAACAAACUCCAUCGUCGCUCACCGGCUUCGUCAGAGCCAGGCUGUGUCCUCAUUCCUAGCUUCCAGUUCAAUGACUUCAGCGCUGAGAGACUAGAGGGGAAGUUUGUAGUUGGCCGGAUAUGGUCAUUGAACAGCAAGGAGGAUGACUUGCCCAAGAACUACGCCGUGAUUCAGCAGAUAACAUGGAAGCCGGAGUUCAAACUGCAGAUAGCAAGGUUAGAGCCGAAAUCACUUCCUGAGAAUGUUACAGCGUGGCGUGACAAGAAAAUGCCAGUCAGUUGCGGAAAAUUCAUCUGGAAGAGUGGCCAGGUCGAGGUACUCACUCACGUCACUGGUUUCUCACAUGAGAUCAAGGCACAGCAGCAUUCGACGAAGAAGAACAAGUACACGAUCCUCCCAAAGACUGGAGAAAUAUGGGCAAUGUACAAGAACUGGAGUCAAUCAAUGAAGGUGGGAAGCUUGAAGAAGUGGGAAUACGAGGUUGUUGAAGUCCUUAACGAGAAUGAGAGCGAAAUCGAGGUUUUGGUGUUAGAACGGGUGCGCGAGUUUGUUUCAGUCUUCAAGGAGAAAGUGGAAGGAGGCGUCGAUGAGAAGCACAAGAUCCCGAGGAGUGAGCUUCUGAGAUUCUCUCAUUACGUUCCUGCUUUCCGGUUAACAAGUGAGAGAGAGGGAACUCUUAGAGGCUGUGUUGAGCUUGAUCCAACUGCCUUGCCCCGUCACUUACUCAGAUCUUAG